AUGAGCAGCUCUCGACCUUUGCCGCCAUUUCGACGAAUUUCCGACAAGUUUCAGCCUAAAAUCGAUACGGCGCCGCCGCUGCCACUGCCACGUGCGUGCGUCGUCUCAGCAUAUGAUUGAGCCAAUCGGUCUCUUCUUUCUUUCUAUUGUGUGUAUCGCGUAUUCACUCCUCUCUGCCCUUUUCUCUUCAAACCAUCAUCUGAAUUGUAGUUUUCGUCAUUGUAGGUAGAACAGAGUGGCACAAUUGUGAUAUUGGUUGCCGCCACGCUGCAAUCAUUUUAGACAAAGACGGGUUGGACUCGGACAAGGGCAGUACUGCCCAUAGUCCGGCGACACCAGGUUCGUCGCCAGCCUUUUAAUUGUUUCCUAUCCUUAAUGUGUUAAGUUUCAGACGCGGACGCUGCGGAUCUGGAGAUGCCGGCUGGCGAGUCAGCGCAGUCGCCAGCUCACGGUGACGCUGUUCCGGUCAAUGUGUGUCACAACGAGUCGGGCGAUGAGGGCCCGCGAAAGAGAUCAGCGAGCCCCGCGACGGCGAGUCAGUCGACAUGGAAUAAUCCGGCUAAGGUGGGUAGUCAUGACAAUGUGCACGGCUAUUCACGCGCUGUCGAUCACGGUGACCGGGUCACCCGCGAGAAAGAGGGGACGGGCGAAAUAGGAGGAAAACGUGUCGAUGCCGAGUUGUGUUCGCAAUGUGAUUUCGUUUCAAAUAAAAAUCGAAAGCCGGGUAGUGAGCCCUUCCGCGGUGAAGUCGCCAUCCCCCAUUCCUUGUCCACUUCGCGAUUUCCGGGUCAUUUGAGGCGACGUUCUCGGUGACGAAUUGGCUCCAAUUUGAACUCGCGCAGCACAUCGAUUCGUUUUGAAAAGGACAACGCGAAACGAGCCAUUUUCUUUUUGCACGAAGGCGGCCGUACCCCACAAUUAGCCGCUCCCUCACUUUUUCUGGGUUCCGAUUUCAGUUCUGAACUAGCCGUCGGACGCUCUGCGGUCUUACCUUUAACGUUCUGCCCACUUCUUCAUCGCAAAAACAUUACAGAAAAUUUGCACCGAGGGAAUCGAUCUGUGGGUGCAGUCGACUAGCGAAGCGGUCGCAGUCCCCGACGUAACAUCGCAGUAUCAAGAUAACCAUGACACUCUCACUAAUAUGGGGUUUGUCAGCCGAAACUGUCCCUGUAAAUCUUUUAAUUUCAGAUUUAAUUCGGAGGAAAUUGAUUCAGCACUGAGAAUGUCCAACAACGACGUUGAAAAGGCGGUACAGUUUCUGACGAGAGAGAUCAGCGGACUGGAUCCAACUCCGAAGCAGCCUCCGUCAUCGGCUGAUAAGCCGAAACCUCCUAUCACACUUCCCGAGUUGCUCCGCCAUCCGUACGUGGAGAGCGAUGAAGAAGAAGUGGCGGAGAACAUGAAAACGGUGUGGGACGAGGAGUCGAUGAACAGACUUCGUAUAAUCAUCGAUACGAAUCAUAAGUUUGUUAUUUUCCAUCAGAACGGAUCACUCCAUCGCCGGAUGAUUGUGAGUUAGAAAUGAACGAACAGAGAUUCUUCUGACAAAAUGAGAGUUUUCCAGGUGGCGACAAACAUUCUUGCCGAAAAGAAGAACGAUCGAAUGGCCGAUGUUCUUAAUUUCGUCGACGAGUUCCUUUCAAUCAUCAUUGCAAGACAUGUCAAUUGCAGCGACGUCAGACCAGGAUUUGAAUUGCUCCGUCAGCUUCUUGAGUUGCAGCCGCCUUAUAUUGGGGAAGCCGACGCGCAAGCCAUCGAGCAAUUCUACCUCGCCAUCACGCCUCUUUUGUGCAAUCGUCUUGUCAUGUCUCCGAGCACGGUCAAAACCGUCCUUGCCAUCGACGAAAUGUUCAACUUCCGAAACAAGUUCUUCAUUCAGGGCGUCCAAUUCAUUGAUCCCCCGUUAGUUUAUGCUUCAUUCUUGCACUUUAUUUUCGUUCCUGUUACAGAGAUCGUGUGUAUCCUCCACUCAAGUACAUCGACAUUGAGCGACUCGAGCGGGUGGAAUACAAACCAAUCUACGCGUAUCUUGCCGAUGUGUUCCUGGAAGCGCUCAUUCCGACGAUCGAGUCAAAAACCGAUGUGACAACUGAUGAAGAGCUCUUCGAAGUCACUCUUCUGGAUUGGCAAUGUCUUCUUCGUUCGCUCAAUAUUUUCACUAAUUACAUUAAUAGAGCCAACGAUCUAUUCUUGUGCAAACUGGAAGGAUGGGUUGCCAAAGCUCUCGAUCGUUUCCGUGUUGUCACCGACAAAGAGAUCCGCGAUGCUCUUGUCCGUCGCCAGGGGCUUGAUCUCCUCCAGGAAGUAGUAAUUCUCUGUGAUCGUUUCGGUCUUGAUGUCGCUGUUACAACACAAGCGGCUCGUCUCGAUUACCUUCGCAAGUGGAUCAAGUGCCCCCAGAUGGAAAGCAUCCUGCACGCUCUCGAAGAGCUUGGUACCAUCGCUGAUCGUUUCCACAGAACGGGGGGAAUGACAAUCACCCGCCCCAAGUCGCACGUCAACGAAGAGUAUUUCAAGACAUGGCUUGAGGAAAACAAAGUGCUUCAGAUAGUGCUGACCGGAAAUAUGGACCAUGUUGUUUAUGUGGAACGCAUCCAGCCAAUCCUGCAGUACAUGACUCCCGAGCUGACGUUCGAUGACAUGAGUAAGCGAAUGGAAUAUUCAGAAAUAUCCAUAAUGUUUUUUUUAGAAUUCGUGUGGUCUCUUCGCAAAGGAAGGAUGGGAGUGAGCGUUGAUAACUUCAACAAGAUUAUGGAGUUUAUAUCGAAAUCGGUGAACAACGAACAGAUUGAAUGGCUCAUCGACUUAUUCAAAAAGAGCUUCCGCAGUCGGGAAACACGUCUCUACGAGCCGAUUUUCAACUUCUGCUCAACAAUCGCCGUGCAGAAAGAUCGUGACGAUGAGUGCAAGCUGAAAAUCAGUAACAUCAUCUGGGAACUGAUUUACAUUGCUCGUGGACCACCGAGAUGCCAUUCGUUCAAAUCUCUCGAGUAUGGAAUGAAGAAGCAUUGUGAUCUUUUGAAUAUGAUGCACGACAAAAGUGAAAGAGACGCUUUCCUGGAUAGCAAGUUGGACGCGUUAAACACCGACGAGGGGUUCAACGAGAUAACCAUCGCCUACUUGUACAUCAUGCUGGAUAAGAUGAAGCGACUGUUCACGCCGAAAAGGUCGUUCUCCGGGGAAGACGCUCUGCAUCGCGUAAGCGAGCUAAAGACUCGUUACGUGAAAAGAGCCUCGCGAUGCCGAUUCUUGAUCGUCUUGAGACCGUCCGUCAGAUGGCACACGAAGCAUUUGAUGCUGCACAACAGGCCAAUCCGGAUUCACAGUCAAACGCCGUUUAUGAGUGUAAGUGAACGUUAUAAGGGAUCUAGCUGCUCGCACUAAUCUGGAAACGUUUUUCAGCAACCAGUGACACGUUCGCAGGUCAUCCAAUCGAGAACAUUCUCACAACAUCCAUUUAUGGCUGCACCGACUAUUCAUUUGUUCUCACAAAUACUCUGAAGCUGCUCAAAUGGCUUCACGACAUAGAUGCUUCCAUUGUUGACAUGGAUUACGUUCAGAGAGUGUUCAGCAUCUUCAUCGAACGUCCUGAUGCCACUCCACAAGAAAAAGCGGAGAUUUUCGCCUUUUUGUUUGAGAUAAGAAUACAUUCGAUGCGUUCGGAGACGUCGAGAGCAAUAAUAACGCAUCUGUGCGGAAUGGACAUGUGCACACUCCAAAUAACCGGACUUCGUUGCUUCUGCAAGUAUUGGGAAGAACUGCCAAUUCUGAGCAACGAGGAACACCGGCCAGUCGAAUCGUUCUUAGUAGCGGUUUGUAACAAAACGAACAGUGGUAUUACGUUCUCAGAAUGAUGUGGAAUUUCAGAAAGACAAUGAGUGCAAACUCUUCAUAUGGAAGCUGAUUCUGUUCAAUCAGUACGAUGACGUUGUCGAGAAGUGCAUGGAGACUUUCUGCGAAAGAGGUUUGUACGAUGUUGUGAUUUGUGGCCAAUUAAAUUUGUACAGAUUUAGUGUUGGUCGAGUCGCCAUACGCGGUUCGUCACCACACCUACAGCUUCUUAUCGGUCUUCAGUUUUUACGUGGAAAAAUUGAAAAGGUUGCGUAUGCGCACAAAUAAAUCCAUUCGAUGGUCGAAUUUCAGCGAGUUGUACAAAAGGAGCAACAAGCCAAUCACUGCGGUCACAUACGAAACUUCUGAAUUGGUAAUGAGCGAAGAAGAAGUGAAACAGUACGAUGUUCCGCUCGAAGGAAUGCUCACUGAGACUAUCGCACGGGCCCUCAACAGACUGGUUCGCUUCAUGACUCGCUUUAUAGAGCUCGGGAACGAGAAGAACCACGUGAGAGACGCUUAAUACGAAUAAGAGAAAUUGUGUCGUUCCAGAUGAUUCGAGAGAAUCCGAGUCACGGAUCAUCGGUACCAGGACACCCGGUCACUUUGUCAAUAGAACUUAAAAAUGACGAUGAUGACCUUGAUGUAAGAAUGACGGCUUCAUGAAAUUCCAGCAAUUUUUUCUGUUUUUAGUGUGGUAUAAACAACUGGAAAACACUUGUCGUCGACUCGAGCACCACGAUAGGAGAAUUCAAGGUUCGCCUUGCCAAACGACUAUUGUUCCACGAGAAUAUGACGGAGUUCACCGUACACAAAAGAGAAGAGGACUUGACGAUGGCAGAAGCCAACCUGAAAUACGACUUUCUGACACUGCAGAAUGUGAAGAUCUGCGCUGAAACAGAUUCCAUCUUUCUGUCAGAAAAGCUGCGUAUUCUGGUCAAGCCGAAGUGAGCGUAUUCCACCAAUAGUUUGUAGUCCCUUUUUCAGCCCUUACAGAAAAUCGACAACUCGAAGGCAACAAGAGCCAACUCAGUCCUACCUCCAGAAGAAGGCGCUGCGAGAAGAUUUUCUUCCAAUGUCCAUAAUUUCCAAAUGCAACUUCUAUGAGCUUCUCCACGAGCUGGCUCAGAACGGCGACAAGCAUAUACGCGCUUCUGUCCGCAAAUUGCUCCUCCUUUUGCCGACGCAGCCAUCAUUGCUCUCCCAAAUCACUCUCGUACGUACUUUUCAAAUAGACAUUCUGAUCAUGUAGAAAUUGUAGGGUGAGAUGCAAGACGAUGAAGACGAUCCGUUGUCAGGCAGAAUAAUGCGGAUGUACAGGGAAUACAUGACGCCUCAGGAGCCAGGCCGAAUGCUUUACGCUCUCGAGACUCUCAGUUCUUUGGUGGCCCCCACCAGACUUACAUCUCAAGCUUGCGAAGAAUCAGGUGAAGUGACUGCGGCUGUUUUGGAGUCCGGAAUUGUGAAGGUUCUUGUCGAUGAAGUACUCAACAAACCACACGUGGUUCCGUUGAACAAGUGUUCUCCCGGCGAUCGUCACGCCAUUUUUGAAAGAGUUCUUCAAAUAAUCAGAACUGUGUUCACUGGCCACAAUACUUUCCUCAAAAUGAUAUACAACGAGAGCAGGGUCCGUGAUGAGAUGAAGAAGACGUGCGAGAGAAUGCAGCAGAGUCGACAGACCCCUCGUUCGAUGGAACAGAACAUGGAUUACGCGCUCAUCAAACAGCAAAUCCUGCCGCCGCCAUUGCUCGACAACGAUAACAACCCGACAUACUCAACGAGCAUUCCUAUUUGUGGAUUCAGAAAGUAAGUGCUCAUAUCGUUCUUCUUGAUACUACAUAAAUUUGAAGUAUUUGCAGUACAUUCAUGAAGAUUGUCAACGUCUCUCUGAAAAAAUGGACUCUGGGAGAGUUGGUCCCAUUCCUCGAGAAUAUUCGAAACUUCCAGUGGGUUCACGUGGCAACUGAGAACCUUGUUGCUAAACCGAUGGCGGCUUUUUUGAAGCCUGACCAGGAUCCGGAUCCACUGAGACCGACUGCUAGCGAGAUAAUUCGCAUCAAUGCGAAGGGAGAGAGAUGUAUGUGCUUUUUUCACUAAUUCUUUGAACGAAACCAAUUUGAUUUAGGGGGAGACGAAUGCCGACUGAUCAUCGUAAAGAAAUGCUUCGCGCUCACCCGGCACAUGGUUCAGGUGUGGAUCAGAAGUCAUCCGGACGAGUCUCUGCAUCUUCUGACUACGCUGUUCCUCAAGCCGAGCUGGACCCAAUUCUAUCAGGAUGUUCUUGUCAACUCUCAACAAGAAGCGUACCGGAAAUACGUCCAAGAGAGCAUUGUGAAAAUUGGAAAGGAGAAUUUCGAAGUGUCAUCGGUCUCGUUGAAAAUGCUGCUCGAAAUGUUUAGAGAUCUCCCGUUGCACACAGGUUACACUGAUGAACUGUCUGAACUUCACCGAAGACAAAGACAGCAUUGCGACGGAAUCGUUCAAACGAUCAGCGAAGUGUUCUUCUACGAAAGUUCUCAUAGGGGAUCAGAUGGAAAGGACUUUGAUUGGAUUCAAAUUGGUCAAUUCCCGAUACAGAUCGUCCGUGGACAAAUCAGCAGUCUUCUCGACUUUAAGCCCCGCUUUAGUACGAUAAACGCCGACCUGGCACAUACGGAGAGUGUGUACGCAGCAGCGAAAAUGCGGAUGAUCAACUGCCUGCUUCCUUACUGUUCUCAGGGGACAUCGAAGCAAAUGCCAACGAGUUCCUCGACGCGAUCAUCAAUGAUUUCAUGUUUCCCGAACUGCCAGACAUUGAAGACAGUAUGUUCGAAGAGGAGUCCAUCAGAUGGGAGAACAACGCAAGAGAAGUGGCCAUGACGACAGUGAACUCGUUCUGUGAACGUAGUUAUAAGUGCAUGUAUCAGCUGCUACUCAUGUGGAAUAAGUUCCCGAUUGCUCAACGCCCAUAUGAUCCGUCUUACCGUCCGAUCAUACGUGGAAGGCAACACGACAAAGUUGGAUUGAAAAACGAUGGAGGAACUUGCUACAUGAAUGCGACAAUUCAGCAGUUGGUGCAUGUGCCAGGGCUCGCCAGGGAACUGAUUGCCAUCAAAGACAUCGAUCCGACCCUCAGCUGGGGAGACAAUACUUCGUGAGUUAUCGGUAACCUAUUUGCACUCAUCAUCGCCUCGUUUCAGUGCUCUCCUCUGCGAACUUCAACGCGUCUUCGUCCAGCUCAAUUUCUCCCGUUGUCAGGCAAUUAUUCCAUCUGGUCUAUGGAGAGAGUUCCGUUUCGAACCAGAUAUGCCGUUGAACACCAAACAACACCACGACGCCAUUGACUUCUACAGUAUCCUGCUCGACAAGUGCGACAAUGUGCUCAAAAAACUUGAACUGCCGCCGCUGUUCCAAAACAGAUUCUUCGGAAAAUACAGCUACGAGAAGAUCUGUUACGGUUGCUGGCACCGCUACAAGAGUCCAGACGAGGAAUUCAAUUGCGUUUCGUUGGCGUUGAGCGGAGACAAUCUGGAAGAAGCACUGGAGAAUUUCUUGGCCGCACACGUGAUGGAAGGAGAAAAUGCGUACCAUUGUGAGAAGUGCAAUGAGAAAAAGACGACAUUGAACAGAAGUUCAUUCCUGGAGUUGCCGAGUACGAUGACUAUUCAGUUGAAGAGAUUCACUUACGACCUGGUGAACAACAUGAUCCGGAAGGACAAUCAGUUUUUCAAAUUCCCUUUCGAAAUCGACAUGACUCCAUACAUGACCACGUCGAGACACGUGCCAGACGAACAAGUGCAGGAUUUGUUCGACGAGAUGCUCUGGGGCAAUACGGCAGCGAAUGAUGAACCUGCCACUCCGCCUCACAAGAAUGGAACAACCGAGAAGUCACUUGGGCAAUGCUCUGCCAGCAACCCGUCCCUCGAGUCUCCACAAAAGAAACUGUUCCGUCGUCAUCGAUCUUCCAACAUCCGUCUCUCACAAUCUUUCGUCAACUCAUCUGGUUUCGAUACUCCCACUCAACAGCAGAAGCCGCUAAUCUACGAGCUCGUCGGAGUUCUUGCUCAUUCUGGAAUAGCCACCGCCGGACAUUACUAUUCGUUCAUCAAGGAACGUCGUGAGGAGUACAGAGACUCGCCGACAUAUGGAAAAUGGUACCACGUUAACGACCAGAUUAUCAAUCCGAUGCCCCUGAACACAAUCGAUGAUAUCUGGUUCGGAGGCACAUUCACUCAGGAUGGAGGUAAUUUCAAAUAGUUUCUGUACGUUACUCUGAUCCUUAUUUUAGUUUUCAUCGGUCUUGAUGAGCGUAUACGUCAUUGGAACGCAUAUGUGCUUUUCUAUGAGAAGAAGCGCGACGAGCCAGACAUGCUCAUUCCACGUCACAUCAUCGAUCGUUCCGAGGAGUCAAGACCGAAAGUUACGUUCGAUGUGUAAGUUGAUUACUGCAUCGUUAGACUUCUUAUAUCUAUUUUUCCAGAAGUGACGAACAGAUGGACGACGGAGAAGACAGAAUGAAAGAGGCACAAGAAGCUCUGAGAAAGGAUAUGAGCGAAGCGAGAAAGCUGCGUAUCACCAUGUUCAAAUCACUCGACACCAACCUGAAAAAGUUCCUGAACGAGGAGCACUGCAAGUUCCUGGAGGAUCGAGAUUUCUUCUCUUUCGAUCUCUAUCAGAUUUACAUCAAUUCAUUGCAACCGCUGCUGAGAAGAGAGGAAACAGUCGAGUACACUGUAGGCGAACUCACAAAGUUGGACUUCAACAAAAUGGCGUUCGAAUACGUCGCAUCUUAUGUGAUCAGAAUCGCAUGGCUCAUGUUCGAUGAUGCCCGCCCCAAGAACUUCCCACGGUCCGCCACCGAAGUUAUCAAGAUCCUUCUCAACGCUCAUCCGGAGAACAAAACGUUCUUCUUCAAAGCACUCGAAGCCAACAACUCUGAAAUGCUGACGAGAAUGCUCGAGAGUACCGAAUAUGAUGUUCGAAACGCGUUCUGGGUGAGCAUGAAAUGCGCUCUCCGCCUGUGGGUUAUCGAGAACGGACGUAAAGAUGAGCAUAUUAUGGAGCCGAGUCCUGAUUCGACAGAUAUUGACGAUGACGACGAAGAGGACGAUGACGACGAUGAAGAUGAUGAGCUGGAGGAUGAGGAUUCUGAGACGGAAGAGAUCAUGCGUGAUGAAAUCAUGCGCCCGAAUCCAAUGGCUCUCGUCGCUAACCUGAUCAAUCAGGCACGCCCGCCACCACAGAAGUCUGGAAAUCCGGUCGAUCUAUCGAAAAACGCACGCCCGCAACGCGUGUGUACGAAUCCGGUCGAAAGGAUGCUCGCAGCCUUCCCUUAUCAACUGAACAUCGUGCGAAGAAUUGUGCAAAUUCUCCCGUAAGUUUACUGAAGAAGAACAUCUUUUUCAUCCCCUUUAUGGAUGUCAUUUCAGAUUCCGGUCACAUCGGAUGGAUAGCAACGGGCGGCACUACUCUCGCCACCCGAUUGAAAUUUUGUACAUGAUUUCCAAGCAGAACGAGUUUGGAAAGACCGUGCUCUGUCUGAUACAUUCUCUUCCGAUUGUCGCUGAUUUCCUCUUCGAAGAGUACUCGACGGUAAGCAGAUCACAUCGCAGAUUUAACGAACCCAAUCGAAAGGUUUCUCUUUUUUCUACGCAUUGUGGACAGAGUAUUCCAUACCACUGUUCACGGUGUUCCUUUCCCCCACUUUCGUUUACCAGCCCAGUUCAGAUAUUCUGUCGCCUUCGUUUCCCGGAAGAUCGUCUAAAGGGACUUGGAUUGUGGCCAUCUUUGCCGGGGCUUUACUUCGAGUUGCUCUUGGACCAUCUGAAUCGCAAUUCGGUUGGCAAUACAGAUCCGCAGAUGCAGUUCCGUCAUGCGAUGUAAUUACUGAAUUAUUUUUCUGUAAUCCAGUUGCUGUUUUCAGAAUGACUCCUUCGGGAAGGUUCUGCAACGAGGUGGUAUCGCUGUAUUGCGUUUCUCGCGACGAAUGCGAGAUGCAUGACAGAAGAACGAUAAACGACGAGAAGGCGAUACAUAAUCGGAUUCUCACGUGCUACGUCCGUCAGAUUGAAAUUCUUAUCAGAACUGAAAUUCCUGAUGCCCCUUCUGAGUACCUCUUCAACAUAAGUCAAACUGUUCUCAAGGUAAUUUCGCUGGAAUCGAAUAAUCUCAUGGAAAUUUAUUAACAGGAAAACUUCAUGGACGCGGCCUACAAUCUGAUCCCUAUGGAUCAAUGGCGUCAUGUGAUUGAGUUCUUCACUGAAGUUUGUUUGUAAUCUGACUACAUUACCGUAAGGCUGUCUUUUCAGCUCAGUCUUAAACUGCUCCGCUGCAACAUGGCCGAACUGGGUGUUCAGUUCUUAAAAGAUGUUCUCUGGGUGGGAGUCGCUGAAGACGACGACGCUGUUCAUCAUGGUGUUCUGCCGAUCAUGAUCAAAUGGAAGGAUCACGACUACAUGAAGUUCCGCAAACUUGGCGACGCUCUUCUUCACGUCAGAAGAAUGAAGCAUCCUGAGUAAGAAAAAUUGGAACAGCUUCAAGGAGAGUAUUCAAAUGUCGUAUUUCCAGAUUCCGCAGUUUUCUGUCAAGAUCUGUUCGGCGGUUCCACACUGUGUUCUCAAGUCUUGGCUGGACAGAUGAUGAUGACGAAAACGACAUGAGUGACGAGCCAAUGGAAGAGGAAGAAGAGGAUCUUCUGAUCGGGCCACAGCAGUUGAGAAGAGCUGAAAACUCUGUCGACUUGACCAAGUAAGUUGUUAGCCGAAACGAAGUUUGCAUAUUUCAAUUUUCCAGAGCUGCUUCUGAUGUGGUCGCGACAGCAAGAGUCACUGAAACAAAAGAGAUAAAUCUGGAGCAGGAUCUGAGAAUGGAUCAUUCAGAUGCAGAAGAGCCACCAACACUGACUGAACAGCCACGAGUUAUGACACCGUCGGCUGAUUUAGAUGAGGUGCCGCAUCUGAUUCCGUUGGACGAACAGUCGAAGGAAAACGAGUGA